GUCGUGGCCGGUCCCAGGUGGGUCGGGCGCGGAGAGAAGCCGGAACCGGAGCUGCCGCCGCCACGCUCUUCGGCGGGCACCAACUGACUGGCGAAGACCUCCAGCCCCUCCCGUCGCGAGGGCGGGGCCAGUUGCGUCAUUUCCAGGCCCGCCCCCUCCGGCCCCGCCUCCCCCUGGUAUUUUCGGGACUUUCCUAAGCUGCUCUAACUUUCCUGCCCCUUCCCCGGCCAAGCCCAACUCCGGAUUUCGCUCUCCACCGGAUCUCACCCGCCACACCCGGACAGGCGGCUGGAGGAGAUCGGACCCUCCCCCAAAUCUGGGCCCCCAUCUUCCGCCCAUCCCCACUGUAGAUCUGACCCCCUCCCCUCCACCACUCCUCCCAACUUUAGGCUGGCGCCUAAAAUUCUGGGAAGCAGAACCUGGCCGGAGCCACUAGACAGAGCCAGGCCUAGCCCAGAGACAUGGAGAGUUGCUACAACCCAGGUCUGGAUGGUAUUAUUGAAUAUGAUGAUUUCAAAUUGAACUCCUCCAUUGUGGAACCCAAGGAGCCAGCCCCAGAGACAGCUGAUGGCCCCUACCUGGUGAUCGUGGAACAGCCUAAGCAGAGAGGCUUCCGAUUUCGAUAUGGCUGUGAAGGCCCCUCCCAUGGAGGGCUGCCCGGUGCCUCCAGUGAGAAGGGCCGGAAGACCUAUCCCACUGUCAAGAUCUGUAACUACGAGGGACCAGCCAAGAUCGAGGUGGAUCUGGUAACACACAGUGACCCACCUCGUGCUCAUGCCCACAGUCUGGUGGGCAAGCAGUGCUCGGAGCUGGGGGUCUGCGCCGUUUCUGUAGGGCCCAAGGACAUGACUGCCCAAUUUAACAACUUAGGUGUCCUGCAUGUGACCAAGAAGAACAUGAUGGAGAUUAUGAUACAAAAACUUCAGAGGCAGCGGCUCCGCUCCAGGCCCCAGGGCCUUACAGAGGCUGAACGGCGGGAGCUGGAGCAGGAGGCCAAAGAACUGAAGAAGGUCAUGGAUCUGAGUAUCGUCCGGCUGCGCUUCUCUGCCUUCCUUCGAGCCAGUGACGGCUCCUUCUCUCUGCCCCUGAAGCCAGUCAUCUCCCAGCCCAUCCAUGACAGCAAGUCUCCAGGGGCAUCAAACCUGAAGAUUUCUCGAAUGGACAAAACAGCAGGCUCUGUGCGGGGUGGAGAUGAAGUUUACCUGCUUUGUGACAAGGUGCAGAAAGAUGACAUUGAGGUUCGGUUCUAUGAGGAUGAUGAGAAUGGAUGGCAGGCCUUUGGCGACUUCUCUCCCACAGAUGUGCACAAACAGUAUGCCAUUGUGUUCCGGACACCCCCCUAUCACAAGAUGAAGAUUGAGCGGCCUGUAACCGUGUUCCUGCAACUGAAGCGCAAGCGAGGAGGGGACGUGUCUGAUUCCAAACAGUUCACCUAUUACCCGCUGGUGGAAGACAAGGAAGAGGUGCAGCGGAAGCGGAGGAAGGCCUUGCCCACCUUCUCCCAGCCCUUUGGGGGCGGCUCCCACAUGGGUGGAGGCUCUGGGGGCUCGGCCGGGGGCUAUGGAGGAGCUGGAGGAGGAGGUGGCAGCCUUGGCUUCUUCCCCUCCUCGCUGGCCUACAACCCCUACCAGUCCGGCGCAGCCCCCAUGGGCUGCUACCCUGGUGGCGGGGGUGGGGCACAGAUGGCCGCUUCGGUACCCGGCAAGGACUCUAGGGAGGAAGCCCCAGAGCCGAAGGCCCCCUCUGGGACCUCCCAGUGCGAGCCGCAGGCCCCAGAGAUGCUGCAGCGAGCCCGAGAGUACAACGCGCGCUUGUUCAGCCUGGCGCAGCGCAGUGCCCAGGCCCUACUUGACUAUGGCGUCACCGCGGAUGCGCGCGCGCUGCUGGCGGGACAGCGCCACCUGCUGACGGCGCAAGACGAGAACGGAGACACGCCGCUGCACCUGGCCAUCAUCCACGAGCAGACCAGUGUCAUUGAGCAGAUAGCCCACGUCAUCUACCACGCCCAGCACCUCGGCGUCGUCAACCUCACCAACCACCUGCACCAGACGCCCCUACACCUGGCGGUGAUCACCGGGCAGACGAGGGUGGUGAGCUUUCUGCUGCAGGUGGGUGCAGACCCAGCACUGCUGGAUCGGCAUGGAGACUCGGCCAUGCACCUGGCGCUGCGGGCGGGCGCUGGUGCCUCCGAGCUGCUGCGUGCACUGCUUCGGAGUGGAGCUCCCGCUUUGCCCCAGCUGUUGCACAUGCCUGACUUUGAGGGACUGUAUCCAGUGCACCUGGCAGUCCGAGCCCGAAGCCCCGAGUGCUUGGAUCUGCUGGUGGACAGCGGGGCUGAAGUGGAGGCCACAGAGCGUCAGGGGGGCCGAACAGCCUUGCAUCUGGCCACAGAGAUGGAGGAGCUGGGGUUGGUCACCCAUCUGGUCACCAAGCUCCGGGCCAAUGUGAACGCUCGCACCUUUGCGGGAAACACACCCCUGCACCUGGCAGCUGGACUGGGGUCCCCGACCCUCACUCGCCUCCUUCUGAAAGCUGGUGCUGACAUUCAUGCUGAGAACGAGGAGCCCCUGUGCCCACUGCCCUCACCCCCUACCUCUGAUAGCGACUCGGACUCUGAGGUGCCUGAGAAGGACACCCGAAGCAGCUUCCGGGGCCACACGCCUCUUGACCUCACUCGCAGCACCAAGGUGAAGACCUUGCUGCUCAAUGCCGCUCAGAACACCCUGGAGCCGCCUCUGACCCCACCCAGCCCCACAGGGCCAGGGCUGUCACUUAGUGACACAGCCCUGCAGAACCUGGAGCAGCUGCUAGAUGGGCCAGAAGCCCAAGGCAGCUGGGCAGAACUGGCAGAGCGGCUGGGUCUGCGCAGCCUGGUGGACACGUACCGACAGACGGCCUCACCCAGCGGCAGCCUCCUGCGCAGCUACGAGCUUGCUGGUGGGGACCUGGCAGGCCUGCAGGACGCCCUGUCUGACAUGGGCCUAGAAGAGGGAGUGAGGCUGCUGAGAGAUCCAGAGACCCGAGACAAGCUGCCCAGCACAGAGAUGAAGGAAGACAGUGCGUACGGGAGCCAGUCAGUGGAGCAGGAGGCAGAGAAGCUGGGCCCACCUCCUGAGCCACCAGGAGGGCUCUGCCACGGGCACCCCCAGCCUCAGGUGCACUGACCUGCAGCCCGCCCCCAGCCACCUUCCCAGACCCCCUGUACAGCGUCCCCACCUGUGUCAAAUCUUAUUUAACACCCCACACCCACCCUCAGUUGGGACAAAUAAAGGAUUCUCAUGGGAAAGGGAGGACCCCUCCUCCUUCCCAACUUA